CAACCAUCGAUAACAGGUGCCGUUUACAUUACCGUAUGUGAGCGGUGCACCAUACACGGACACACUUGCAGGCAUUUCGCUGCCCACAAAGUCACGGUGGUGAGCUUCGCCAAUCAGAUUGCCCCAACACACUUGACCUGACACCACAGGGCAGGUGGGCACUCGAUGGAUAUAAAUACGAAAGAUGAACAAGGUGGAUCACCAAGCAUGCUUCAAAAGCCGAUGGAUCAUAUAUAUUUAGGUGUGAAUACAGUGUCCGUACUCAUUGUGUUGCUAUUGUUCAACCCGCAAUCAUGUUUUGGAUUCAAUAGGUUGUUUGCGUUUGAAGAACCUUUUGGAUCAGACAGCGAUGGACAAGUGGCUUCAUUGACACUUCCAACAGUUCAAGAUAGGUUGGAAUUCCAACCGACUCUUCCGGUGCCGGUGCAUGGGAAACAGUUCGACAGACUUACGGUUUUUAAAAAUGGUUUCAUUGCACUUGAUGAUGAAUCCGCUCGGCGUUGCGCGAUAAACUAUCCUGAGAAUUCGCUCAACGAUGGGAGACGUCUGAAGAAUGUUGGCGAAAACUACCUCAGCGUAUUCAGCUCGGUCAAUGAUGGUCCCUCAGGCAGAGUCGUCAUCAGGGAAGUUAAUCUCAAUGUCACUGAAGCCAUGGGUUGCGCAAACCGAAUACAAAUUGAACGACUCCAGAAGCUCAUUCGCCUACAUUACUCAAAAAUGGAAGGCUACGCAAUUCGAUCGAUAAUCUGGAUCACAUGGGAAAAUAUGACUAACGCUCAGUACCAAAACUCUAAGUCAAAUUCUUACAGCGUUGUGAUUCUCCAUAAUGGCGAAAAAGCGUACGCCGUCCUCCAGUACUGGAAUAUUGAAUGGCCGGACAUGAACGAUUAUGUCUCUGAUGCUGCUCCUCCAGAAGCUGGAAUAUUUAUACAGCCUUCAAAUGGCUAUCAGCUACCUAGGAGUGGACAUUCGGUUAAUACGUCCCUUUGGAUGAGUGAAUCUAACGUUGUACUUCCCGGCGAAUGGCUUGUGCCUCUUUAUGAUGCUCCUGUGGAAUCUGACGAUAGGUUGGAGUGGAUGCCGAGGAUUGCAAGGGAGUUUUUGACAUCUCUCAGCGAUACAUGUCACCGGGACUUUGGAUCCAAUCUGUGGGAUUUAACAGCCAACAGCGUGGUUAAAACCGGAACUCGGUUGGAAGUGCUAAAUGAUUCCCCGAAUAGUCGCGAGACAGCAAUAUCUUCCACGUCUAGCAGUUGGGAUCAUGAUUUCUAUACGGAUGAGUUGGAGGAAGAAUAUGACCCUACGGAACAAGACAUCAUAAAUGGUACCGAAAACUUUUGGGAUAGCUAUCAUGAAGAAGCGCGUCACGGGGGAUCUGUUGAACACGAACACAUGGUGUCGACGGAGUCAGAGACAGAUGAAACGGAAUAUUCUAUAGUAGAACCUACGAUAGUUCCGGAAUAUGUUAUCCACUUGGAAACAGCUGGUGCAAAGUCAUUUGUGUUGUCCACAGAUGAAGCAUCUAUCGAACCAAAAUCUUACGUUCUAUCAACGGAAGGAUACAAUAUUGGCAACUACGUGAGUGGCUCUGAAACAGAACAGCAUAGAUAUCCGACGCAAGGCCCAAGUCAACUUGAAACUUGUGAUCCAUUCAGAGAGUGCACGGCUGCUAACACUGACUGUUACCAGUCUUCUGAAGGGGCUUGUUGCGUUUGCAGAGAAGGAUUCUACGGUUCUGGUGACACACAAUGUUGGGAUGCAGAAAGCGAUUACAAUUUUGCCUUUCGAGGAAACCUGACCAUAAGUCUGGCACAGUAUUCGGUUAGUCGCACUCUGCCCGUUUAUCUCGACGUUCAAACCGGUCGGUCAAAAAGAAGUUCAAGUGGAAUACGAAAUGGAAUUGCAGACGACACAAGCUACCAAGUGGUACGACUUCUUACCCCGAUGUUUCACGUACUCAACGGCAUCUUUGCUACGCCUUGUCAAAACCAAACUUCUUCAGAGUAUUCUCGCCCUUACAACUUGUUUAGUUUGGGCGGAUCGUUUCGAGGAACUUUUCGCUUGCAGUUCUACUUUGCAGUGGAACAUGUUGGGAAAUUUAAUGUCAAGGUUGAGCUCAAGUUGGAGCCUGAAACAACUCAGUCAUACGCAAGGGGCUCUAUUGAUGUUCAGGUAUCUGCCACAGAGCCCAACAAACAACUUGUACGGGCCUAUCGUGAAGCCGGCAAUGUGGGUGACCGUAAUUUCUAUGCUUCAUAUCACGUGGACAACUAUGGUCGAAUUGUUUUUCCCGAAAAUUCUGUGCAUCUAGUACCGGAGUCGCGUGCAACAACUGGUGAAGAGCAAGUAUUGGACGAUUUAACUGUACGAUGGUCGGCGGUAGCUGAAUCUGUGGUUUUAGCAGGAGCAGCCUCCAACUGUUUACUGCGUCGUGAUAGUGUCGUUCCACGCGAUCAUCCGUUUUACCUGCGAUUAUUGGACCGCGGGUACUGUAGUGAGGAUUGUGCGUCAACCGACGGUACUUGCAAUCUCUUUUGUGUCGAUGUACCGCUACUGUCUUCAACGGAACCUGAUGUUUGUUCCUGCAUUACUUGCCCAAGUGAAGGUGAGAUCUGUGUUCCCGAAGGCGGUGUUUAUUCAUGUCAGUGCAAGCCUGGUUUGAAGAGAAUGGACGAUCACACUUGUAGAGAUGUUUCAAACCCUAAACGACAAUGUGGUUCAGUCGACUGUCACAAGAACGCCCGGUGUCUCGAUUCAACGCAGGGCUUUUGUCAGUGCAUUCCUGGAUUUAGAGGAGAUGGCCUCACGCGUUGUGAGGAAGACCCUUGUGCUCGAUGUCAACGCAACGAAAUCUGCAUAAACGAUGUCUGCAAACCCUCUGGUGUGAACUUGUGCGAAGGAAUCCAGUGUGGAAAAGAGGCUGUAUGCAGAGACGGAGCAUGCGUCUGCAAUCCGGGCUAUACUGGAGACCCCCUGGUAGAGUGCAUUGAAGAACGCGGUGAGUUCGGCUGUACUUCUCUGGUGACAACACCACGUUGGUUCUCCUGCUUCUAG